AUGUACUCGACGGACAUGUGGUCCAUGGGCUGCAUCAUCUACGAGCUUCACACAGGCAAGCUGCUGUACGACACCCACGACAACCUCGAGCAUCUGCACCUGAUGGAGAAGACGCUUGGCCGCCUUCCGCCGGAGUGGGCGGGGCGCUGCGGCACAGAGGAGGCGCGCCAGCUGUACAACUCCGUGGCGCAGCUGCGUCCCUGCAUCGACCCAAAGCAUCUUGCCCGUAUUGCUCGGGCACGGCCGGUGCGUGAGGUCAUCUCCGACAAGCUGCUGUGCGACCUCAUCCACGGCCUGCUGCACUUCGAUCGUCAGAAGCGUCUGACGGCGCGACAGAUGACGAUGCACCCGUACGUGCUGAAGUACUACCCGGAGGCGCGCCAGCACCCCAACUUCCCAGACAACCGCCCAAACCUCCGCCCCACACCGCUCAUGUGA